GCAACAAAACCUGCUCUUCUUUUAUGUGAUCGUUGAGAAACAGCAUAGCACAGGGAUUAGCAAUAGUAGGUUCCAUUACGUCUUAUGUGCAGUAAAACAGCGUUGUGGACGUGUGUUAUCUGUAUUGCGUCUGUUUUACAUUAGCUGAAGUGCUUAAAACGAAGUGACGCCUGUGCAUUUGGGAGUAAUUAAACUACCAAAUUCCCAAAGCGAAGUUUGCUGUAUCCUGAUCUGAUGCACGACAUUGAGGCCAUAGUUGACAGCUGGCUGUUUGUGACGGAGCUCCUGGUUGCUAUGGUUACCAGCCAGGUCGAAGCUCGUUUGCCGUCGGUGGGUGUCGGUCGCGACGCUGCCUCCUCGCGCGGGGACGCCAGAAGCUCGAGCGACGCCCGCCCGCCCGCUACCUACCUCCCUCGUCGGGCGUGUGAGCUGUUUGUCCGGGACACUCCACAGUGUUUCUGUGUGCGUGCCAACAUGUGAAGGACUGUCAUCUCUCUAGGCCAUGACAGCAGACGCAGCGACCACAAGAUUUUCUUGAACUACAGAGCUGAAUCGUGCAUCCGUUUAAGAAGUCUGUAUAAGAGAAAACGGGCGUGGUGAAGCAGCAGACGCCCAACGCAGUGGCUGAGAACUAUGUUCAAACACACAUGCGGUUGGUCACAGAGGCCACGUGGCAGUCCUGAGUGAUGACGUGAUGAAAGCGUCGCUAUUGGUGCUCCUCCUGGUGGCGGUGCGUGCGGUGAUAGGCGGAACCAACCGGAGCUUGUUGCCAGAUGACACCGAGCUUCUGGGCUCCUGCGUACCCACUGUUCUCGAGGGUGUGCUGCUGUCUGCGGGUAACCUGCCAGAUCGGGUAGUCAACCUGAAGCCUGUCGCCAUGCAAGCCGCUCAGGAAGUGGCAGGAGGGGUUCGUGACGUGGAGCGGUUGCUGAUGCUGAAGCUGAAGGAGCAUCGUGUGCUGACGGCCAUUGCCGUAUCUUUGUCCCGUCCACCAGAGAACGCUACCGUCAUCUACCGCUCUGGUGACGACAGCACCCGGGUCCAUCGGCUUAGCAAUUUGUCGUCUUUGGUGGAUACGACAUGGCGGACUGUGCUGGAUGCUGACUGGAACCAGAGUUCCAAGGCGUCUGACGUCACGGAGCUCUGGACGCCUCCGUUUCUGGACUGCCUUACAAGAAAAUGGCUUUUCGGUUACUCGGUCUCACUGCACAGGGGUGCGGCUGGCAUCUUCUUUCCAGUGGAUGAACAUCUUGACAUUCAUCAAUGUAAUGAGACUUUCAGCUCUAUAUUUGGAGGCGGACAUAGGUGUGACCAGGAUACAGCAGAGUGCGUGCCUGCCAAGGGCCCUGGGUUGCGACGGGGCUACACUUGCACGUGCCGGCUUGGCUACUUCUCCCAGGACUCGGAUCUCACCAAGCGUCACUUCCGGGGUGAAGAGGGAGACGCAGACGAGACACUCUACAAGUGCGUGCCUUGCCCCGAUGGAUGCGAUGUCUGUGGCGGGGACUCCCCGUGCAUGGCGCGUCACGACUACUUGCUGCGCACCGUGGUGCUGGGCGUCCAGAUCCUCUGCAUGUGCAUCACUGUCGUGCUCGCCAUUGUCGUCUUCAAGCAGCGCAAGUGCAAGACCAUAGCUUCCGGAAUGUGGACAGUCUUGGAGACGAUUCUUCUUGGAAUAUUUCUUCUGUACUCUACGGUCAUUGUGAGGUUCUUCGACCCCUCGGUGGAGCAAUGCCUACUGGAGCCCUGGUGUCGAGAGCUUGGUUUUGUUAUCUGCUACGGUGCAAUCAUCCUAAAGCUGUACAGGAUCUUGAUCGAGUUCCGCACUCGGAAGGCGCACCGCUGGGUGGUCCGCGACAAAGACCUGCUCAAGUAUUUGCUGGGGAUGGUGCUCGUGGUGUUUGGGUACAUGGCCGCGUGGACAGUCACUAACCUCAACUUCAUACAGGAGAACUACGACGUUCUGACUGUGGGAACCACUUACGAGGGGCUGCAGUUCCUCGCCUGCAAGGCCCUGUGGUGGGACUACGUCACAGAGACAGGUGAGAUCCUGAUCUUGGUGUUUGGGAUCCACCUGAGUUACGCAUGUCGGAACGCCACGACGCAGUUCCAGGAGCGCCGGUUCCUCUGUUUCGCCAUUAUAGUGGAGGCCACAGUGAGCGGCGCUUUCUACGUGCUGCGCAUCCUGUACUCCAGGUCACUCCACCCAGAUUUCAGUUUCCUUGCUUACUUCACACGCAGCCAGCUCACCUCCACCGUCGUAUUGCUUGUCAUCUUCACUCCUAAGCUGUGGUACCAACACAAGCAAGUGACAGACUCCCGAGGGAAGAGACACUACGAAUACUCUUGUCCAAUGCCUGUGGACGCUUUCAAGCCACGAGAUGGCAUCACUGGGACCAACAGUAGUGACGUGGAUGUUGGGGAAAUUAACUUGGCCGAUAUGAACCCAGAAGACAUUAGGGCGGAGUUAAAGCGGCUCUACACGCAGCUUGAAGUGCUCAAGAACAAGACUAUCCGGGCAGACAACCCACAUAUCUCCAAGCGUCGCGGUGGCCGCAAGGUGGCGCACCGCCGCUUCUCACUCCAG